UUACAGCUCUAAUCGUAGUAUCUUAGAACAUAUUUAUUAAUAUGUCAUUAAUAUUUAUCGUUGUUCAACGAUCGGUCCCAGUCUCGUGCACGGUUCUCUUCAGUUACUGUUGAACUACAUUCAAGCAUCCAUCCACCCAUCAUCCAAUUUUACACCUCCUGCUUGAAUGAAUAAUGAAAAGAGAUCCCGAUCCCACCCAAAAGCAAUUAAAGCAAUAUCUUUAUGCUCUUCUUCGCCAUCCGAUGAUAAGCGACCUACGAAGCUAUAACAAUCGUCCUCAUGUACCGAGUACAGAUGCGCGACAAGUAUAGAGCUGCUUUUGUUCAUGCCAACACCACGCUCACUCGACCAAACACCAGUCUCACCCGAUCCGCCACUCAUUCGAUCGCAUCUCGUCGAUUGUGCUGCAGAUCGACCACCCCCCUUGCCUAAGCGGAUUGCCUCAUAUGAUCACGAGUGCGAAGAGGCUGUUGUCGGCGGGGUCUCGAUGAUGGUAAUGACGGUUCAAUAGGACGGAAUGGAGCUUGGAGGGAUUAGCCAAUUGGCCGUUGUUGGUUGUCUCUUUCUGGUGGCUGACGGCAAAAUAUGUGUAUGUGUUUGUCCGGUGCAUUUGCUAAUGCGGAGAAUGUGUGCUUAGUUUUAUGCUAUUUUCGAUAUUAUUCAGCGAAGGUACUUACGGGUUGGUAUCUUAGCGACCGUGCGGAAGGUGUGUGAGAGAGUGAAAGAGAGUUCGCGGUUCAUCGCAGGAGAGAGCAACUUAGCGAGUGAGAGUAACAAAAUCCGCGAGUUGAUGAGGAGGCACAAUGGAGCACAUUGUUUGAUCUCACGAGCGUGGUUUCUUGUUGUGAUUCUCUGCGUAGUUCGUCCGUUAUGCCAUCCUCAAGCGAAGGUGGGGAAAGGGAUCGCGUUUGAAGAUCAACUGGCUGCUUUUCUUUUUGUUGAUUUUCGUCGUUUUAUGGUUAGUUUGGUUUCUCUCGCGAGUAUCUUGAGGAGUCCAUGUGUGCGGUUGCCUUUUGUGGGGGACUCUGGUGGCGCUCGCAUUGUGAUACUGCGCUCAUUCGACUCGCUGAAGUGUACGCGAAUAGAUAUCAAAGACGGUUGGGUAUUUUCUCGUCUUCCACCGUCGUCUCGGUGGUUCGUUCGUUCACUGACUGACUUGAGUUGGAGUUGUCGUGCUCGCAUCGAUGGUCUACUGCGUGCAACGAUCAGGAUUAUAAUCAUCAUCAAAGUGCGCCUGGUUCCGGCGGAGUAUGGAAUAAUUUGUGUUCCGUUAGUGGAUAGUUCGUUUGAAGCAAAUGAUCCGUAGAGUGAAGUGAUGGCAUCGAUACCAACUAAACAGGCAGAACUCCCUAUAGGUUCAGGAAGUGCCCCGUUUCGUGUGUCGAUGACAAUUUGAGAUUUCCGUUUUGAACAAGUGCGGGUGUACGUAGUGGGAAUUGGAAGCAAUCAUAAACACCGAUUCACGGAAGCAGUAGUCGUGAUUGAGUGAUAAUCAAACCAUUCGUGACCACCUGAUACCGAUGAAGAAAGGUGCAAGAAGUGAUGAUAAAUGUGGUGGUAGAUGGUGAUGUGAUUACUAUCGAAUCGUGCAGAUUUGGAUUGCAUCGUUGAUGGUGUGAAUAUUUUUGGAGAAGAAGACGAAAGUCCAGACCCGGUAAAUGGAUUAGAGCGAAACGUCCGAACGACACACUACUGGAUUGCCGACGAAAAUGACGAAGGUGCUUCUCUGGCGAUGAUAUACUGAGAAAUGGUUCGGUGCAUCCGGAGAGGAAAUUGAUUUUUGCCGACGAUCUCUACUAGCACGAGGAACACUAGAUCGGAAAUAAAUCCCGACGGAAGAAAAUGAACUGAUGUCAUUCGAUUAGGAAAACCAACCCGUUAUCAACCAACGAUGGACUUCCUGAAGGCAGUCCAGAACGGUCACUUCGAAGCGGUCCGCGCUGCUCUGGCAAAGGUUGACAUCGACUAUCAGGAUGAGAAGAUGGCCAACAGUGCCCUGCACGUGGCUGUCACGGCCAAGCGAAACCGCACCAAGCUGAUCGAGCUGCUCAUCAGCGCUGGCGGUGCGGAUUGUGAUCUGAAGAAUCGCGAUGGGUUGACCGCAUCCGAGUUGGCACUAGAGGUCGGAUGCCGCAGUGUGGCGGAAUUCAUGGUCCGGAAGGAGUUUGAAGGGGUGAUGGAUGAUCGAGCGGUUUAUAGACUGGUGCGGAGAGGGACUGUAGAACUGCUGAAGAUCUAUCUCGAAAAGAGAGCGUUCGAUAUCCACACGAAGAUGAAACUGAUUCUGCGGGUGGUGGAGGAGCUAGGCGUGAAGGGAGUGACGAUGGGAGAGAAGAUGAAGGUGUUUCUGGAAUAUCAGCUGGUGGAGUACAGCUAUCGGUACGGGGCAAGAAAGGGAAAGGAGAAGGAGAGCGGUGGUGAUCAAGAGGCUGAGAAGCGAGUGGAGUUGAUGCUGAGCUAUACCAAAUAUUUGAAGGAGAACUACAGCGGAGAUGAUUUGAACGAUCUCGAUGACAGGUUCGUUCUGAGGCUGAGAAUGAUUUGUGAGUGUUGCUACUUUCUGGAGGACAUCGAGCGGAGACGGGAGCGAAAACUAUACAAGCACGUACCCCUUUCGGAGAUUACCUACUUGAUUGGGGUAUUUUUAGCAAUCUUGGAGAAGCACGUCGGGUUCGAAAUUUAUAAGCUUGUUAUUAAUAAAAAUAUGAUUAUGUCGUAUUUGGAGGCAGUGUGCGAGGAGUUGCGGGUGACAACGCUGGGAGACAGAAGACGGCAAAACUAUCAAUUUCCAUGGACGUCACAGCUGUUCCUGGAUCUCAUUGCGUGCAUCCGGGAGGAGCGCCUACUACGAUACGUGUCACAGCGAAAACGACUCAAUGGAUCAUUGGAACGGAUUGCUGCGAUGCGGGAUGCUGCUAGUGAACUAUGUCAGGUUGAUCAACAGUUGGUAAUGGAUGAAAUUCGGCGUAAAGAAUUCCAAGCACUAGGAGAGGGCGUGCUAGACGAUGGCAAAUGGUGUGUGGCGGAAUUUGUUAGCUAUCUCAGAUGCGAGCGAAAAACAAUCGUGGCACUUUGGCAUCAGCGACAUCCGAAGCUCCGCCUCCAGAAGCGACAGGUGCAGUUUGUGGUCAGCCGAAAAGAGUUGAGCAAACUCAAAUCUCGCACCGUCCAUGAGUUGAGUAAAAAUAAAAUGAAACUGGUCGAGAAGGAAGUGAGCUCGCGUGAAUUUCAAUCUCUCAGUCGAACCGUAAGCCGACGGAAUCGAAUCAUCUUUCGGCGAAUACAAACAACCUUCAAUCAAAUAAAACAAAUGUACACAGUCAAAAAGAUCGCCUAUUAUGUCGAGAACGCCAUCGUGAUUGAUAUGGACGAUUUGGCGAAUGAGUCGCUUUGCAUUCUUGCGAUUAAGCGAGUUCUCCAUCUGAUAAGUGAAUCGAUAAGCAGUUGCCAUCAACAUCCAGCUUUCGUGAGAAUGCUGGAUAAUAUCCUGGAUCACGUUCUUACUUCGGUAGAAGCUUCCCACAAGAACAAAGACAUCCGAGAUUUCUUCUCCCAAAAAUACUCCCUCGCCAAGUACUUCAUCAACAAAUCCUUGGACAUGGGUCACUACAAGCUGAUGCAGGAUAGUCUCCGUUCGGUGUACCGAUUCUUCCUGUACGUCAUCAACAUUCAACUGAUCGAGGCUUACAAAACCUUCCUCGGGACGGCUUACUGUCUAACCAACCUCACCCAAGUCAAAUCCUACGCCAAGUACAUUGGCGAUCACAAUCUUCACACUCUCAGUCACAUCAAGUUCGAUCACGUAUUCUACAACGAAGACGAAACCGCCGGCAUCAUCUACGAACUGAAAAAGAUGUACAUCGGCAUGUCCAACGAACUGAAACUCCUAUCCUUCAUCGAGAAGAACAUUCAUUUCCGCUUUUACCAUAUGCAGUACCACCAGACCCGUCUCCGAGUAACACUGAGUAAUUUUGCCGUAGUGUACCGGGCACUACGGGCAAACCCUUGCUUCGACAGCGCACGGAAACUGCUCCAUUCCUAUCUGCAUCAGAGCUACCAGAAGUAUGACAUUUCCAAGUCGAUUUCCAUUUCGGACUCCACCCUGGCACUGAAGGAACUGCUCCGGCCGUACAGCAGCAUCGGUGAGAACGAGGAAACGCUGAUGGUUGUGAAGCAUCUGGAACAGCUUCAGGAGCUGAUGGAUCCGGAUCGGCUGUUCGGAAUCAAUCCAGUUCGGAGGAGACAUCGAGCGACGGAAACGGGUGGGAAGUAUCAUCAAUUUACAAGGAAGAUCGUGAAGGAAAUGGGACUACAAUUGAACGACGAAGACUUUGAGCAACUGCACGAGAAGUUGAAGAGGACGUACUAUGAGAACAUAUUCCUGCUGCAAAAUCGGUACAAGGUGAUGCAGGAGUUCUUCCGUCAACGUGGUAUUCAGGUGGAUGCAAAGAUGCUGGCAGGCUACCGGGAGCGGGAUGAAGAGAUGCUGCAGGAGUUGUUUGAUGCGAAGGUUAAUGAUAUGAUUGCGGUUCUGGAGAAGUUUGAAUGCUACAGUGUGGAUGGAUUGCUGGAGUCGGUUGGUGAGCUUCCGACUUUUGUACAGAUAGCAUUGGAGUAUAGUCUGUUGGAACUGUUGGAGAUAUUGGUGUCGGUGAAUGGAUUGGGUGGCGGAGUCGGGAUAAUGCGAGGGAGUGCACCAGUGUUGAGUGGAAGGAGUUUGAGGAGCUACCUGAUGGAGGAUUCCUUGGUGAUGGAUCUGUUGGUCUUCAAUUCGAAUGCGACUGUGUUCUUAAAUGCGUUGGUAUUUAAGGAUUUUGGAUUUCGACUAUAUGGAGGAGGAGUGCAGGUACAGGAAGCUCCCAUGGAGGUGGUUACAUUUGAGGACAGAUUCAAGGAACGUUGGAAGUGGUUCGAGAUGCAGGAAAUUUUGUACGAGUCGGUUCGGCAGGGCGAUUUGAGGCUACUGAAGGAGAAUGUGAGUAACGGUUCGGAUAUGCGUGGAAAGCGAUUUGGUCCACUGGUGCUGAACGAGCUGUGCCAUUAUAGUCUGAUAGACUGUGCCAUCGCAAACAGCUUCAAGGAUAUGAUCGAUAUGCUCAAUCGAGACUACGAUGAUAUAAGCGAAAGCAGGAAGCAACUUCUUGAGUACUUGCUAAGACGAACGGUAAAGUCUCACUUCCUUGUCGGACAAUACUGCAAGCUAACACCGGAAGAUCGCAAGAUGUUAGUGCUGUAUUUGUCCAUGUUCUUGGGAGACGUACACGUGUUUCUCAAGAAUCUGGAGCGAUACGAUGCCCAUGAAGAUUUGCAUCUGUUUGUAAACUCUGAAAAUCAAGAUUUCGUCAGCAAGGUCAUUCGACAUCUUAAGGAAUUCGAUUUUAACAAAUGCGAUACGUCCGGGAUGACCAUUUUACACAAGGUCGUGAAUUGCGGUAACUUGAAGGCGGUAGAGGCGCUGACCCAAAUUGGUGAAGUAGAUCUGGACGCUGUGAGUGGUCUGCGAUACUCGGCACUGAACUUGGCAAGCAGGUUGAACUUGCUGGACAUUGUUAAGGUUCUCACCAAGUCUGGGGCAGAUGUCAACAUGAUGAGCGAAGAUGAAAAACUUCCAGUGUUCUGGUUGAUACAGUAUCAAAGCGCACAGGAAGUUGUUGGCUUGGGGAUCGAUUCCAGUACGGAAUUGACGUCGUUUUCCAGCGAGCUAUGCUUGUUACACAAAGCGAUCGAGUUCGAUAAUUUGAACGUUGUUCGCUACUUGGUGGAAGAGCAGAAGGUUGAUCCAAGUCGAAUAUACUCGAAUUGCAAUAACGUUAUCCACGCAGCUGCCAGCUACAAUCGAGGUAGAAUACUGAACUAUCUGCUAACGAUUCCGGGCAUGCUCAAACUCGUGAACAAUACAAACCUUGUGAAGAAUACUCCACUAAACAUAGCCUGCAAAGAGGGCUAUCUUUCAAUUGUCAAAACACUUCUCAAGCACGGGGUCUGCACAGACACCUGCGGAGAAUAUGGAUUGAAUGCCCUAGCAUUCGCCAUGUACACAAACAGCUUCAAACUGAUGAAACUCCUCUUCAAACAUGGUGCCAAAAUCAGCUAUCCUCUAAGCUCGGACUUUCAGCCAAUCAACAUGGCUAUUCUGAACCGAAACAUCCCGAUGCUGAACUUCUUGCUGAAAAAUGGCGUCGACGUCAGUUGUGCCCCCUUGUGCUUCAUCAACGCCGUUUACGCCCAAUCGAAGGAGGUCGUGCGUAUUCUAGUAGGCGCUGGAUCCAAACAUAUUAAUCAUAAGGAUGAAUUCUGCCAAACGGCACUGCAUCUGUGCGCGGAUCGUGACGAAUAUGAAAUCGCUCGUGAAUUGAUACGGCACGGGGCGGACAUCAAUGCAAAAAACCGCUCCGGAACAACUCCGCUGCAUCUAGCGGUGACCAAAGGGAACGUGCGAUUCGUCCGAAUGCUGCUGGACAACAAGUGCUCGGUGGACGAGCUUAACUAUCAUGGCGAAACGUCACUGAUCAAGUCGGUCGUGUGCAAUAAUUUAGAUAUAGUAAAAACCUUGCUCAACAACGGUGCCAGCGUGGAACGGUUGCGAAACAGUGAACCUCCGGUCUUGCUCUAUCUGGUGCAGGAGAAUUACGAGGAUAUUCUGGAUCACUUGCUUGAACAUUAUCAGUUCAAUGCGGACGAACAGGACGCCUAUGGAAACUCGCUGCUGUAUGUUGCUACGCAACGCAAUCAUAUCAACAUUGUGAAGCUGCUCGUUGACAAGUACCACGUGAAGACUAAUCCUAUCAACAACAAGAAACUGACACCCCUGAUGAUCGCCCGAGUUAAGGAGUACAAGGAGAUCUUUAGCUUCCUGGAGUCUCGCGUAGCUGAAGAAUAGUAGGCCAAUUGUUUUUUUUUUUAGUUUGACAUAUGAUAUAACCUAAUUGUUUAGCACUAUUUAUUUGAGAAUUUGUUUAUUUUUUUUAGUGUCACGCCAAGUAUUUAUUAUAGAUAAAAGGACAAGAAAUCAAUUUAAUGUGCCAUAUCUGUAAGAGAUUCGGUUUUGUUUUUGUUUUGUUUUAUAUUUUCCCGUCUGAAAGGAGUGUAGGAAAAUGUCGUCGAUAUUUGUGAAUGAAUCAUCCUAGAUGAUGAAUGCUCUGUUAGCCUGUAAGAUACUCUGUGAAGCCUAGUUGUGAUUUGGUAUAACUUUAAUUUCAAAAUAAAAUGAAAAACUGUAAAUUACCCCGUGUACGGAGAAAACAAUACUCACCUUAGGCGUGUUAGGACAAGUUAGAAACUGUAAAUAGUCGGAUAAAUAAAAAAUGGUUAGGUUAUCGAUGUUUUGAAAACAGAAAACGGAAUGAACAAAACAAACGGAAUCGAUUUGUCUUAGACAUUCCAGCAAACAGUUCAAAAUAGUACUUGACCCAUUGAAAUAUCAAAUCUAAUGACGUGUGAAGGCAAAUCGAUUCGAUAAAAAUAGCCUCCAGACACUGGAGGUAUCUUUCUGGGCAAAAACGCCAAGAUUUCACCGAUUUUUUUUUGUUCAUAGUAGUAAACAAUCCCCCCGUGACAAGCAAUGCAAUGUAAUGGUGAAGGAACACGUGCCAAUUUGUUUUAAGCUGCUACCCAGAUUAUUUUAUCAGCAAUCUGUUCAGCGUGGUGCUUAGUUUUAAGUUAGUUGAUUUCUGUAUUUUUAAACGACCACCAGCCAAACACAGAUGCAAUUCAUUCAACUGUGCCGUAUCAAUUUCUAUUCUCACAACAACAAACAACCCAAGAAGCCAACCGUGUGCUAUCGAUACAAAUAGGUUUAAAAUUAGUUCAGUAAAGCAGUUCAAAUCUUAUGUACCUUUUUCAUUAACAUUUAAUAACAGCAUCAACAGAAUAAGAAGAUAGAAUCAAAACUGCACUGUAUGAAAGUCCAUACCACAACAUAAGUAGUAAAAGUAAUGAAAAUAGUGGAUGUGUUUUUCUAAGCAAUUUUAAACCAAUUGGAUGGAUUUUCGGCAUAACUUGAAACUGUUUGUAAAAGCAAACCAAAUAAAAUGGAAAAAACUUGCACAAAAUUGAGGCAUAACUUAAAUUAAUUAAAAAAAAAAGCAGAUAAGCUGCAGAACAUAAAAACACGUACUUUGUCAUGUAAAUGGUACAAAUAAAAUGUAU